AUGCUCGGGAAAGCGAGCCGGUGGUUCGGGGUCGCGCAGUCUAAAUCGGCCAAGACGAACGUGAAUAUUCUUCACCAAGAGGAGCUGAUAGCGCAGAAAAAGAGAGAAAUUGAGGCCAGGUUGGAGCAGCAAGCGAAACAGAACUACCUGAGCAUACAACAGCUGCCGCUGAUUGGAGAAGAUGACGGUACUGACAGUGAAGCCUGUGUUUCCAACAAGUUUGUUAAUGAUGGCAGUUUCCUCCAGCAGUUUCUCAAGCUGCAGAAGGAAAAGUCAAGUACUGAACCUCCCCCAAGUUCUACUAAUAACUCGGCAAACACUUCUGCAUCAAAUGUUGGGAAGAAACCUAUGCUGUUUGGGAAGCGGCCCGGUCAGGUCCUGAGCAGCAUGCUGCACCAAGCGAAGAACUACUCCCAUUCCAAACAGACCCCAGUCGUUAACCGCCUCAGUGUGUUUCAGUCGCCAGAUGAAGAUGAGGAAGAAGAUUAUGAGCAGUGGUUGGAAAUUAAAGUUUUACCCCCAGAGGAUGCGGAGACCCGGCAAGUGGUGGAAAAGCUGGCUAGGUUCGUGGCUGAAGGGGGACCAGAAUUAGAGAAGGUCGCUAUGGAAGACUACAAGGAUAACCCAGCUUUUUCGUUUUUGCAUGAUAAGAACAGCAGAGAAUUCCUUUACUACAGAAAGAAAGUGGCAGAGAUAAGAAAAGAGAAUCAAAGUUCUCAGGCGUCCUCUUCUCUGAAAGUUUCACCCCCAGACGACGAAGAGACAAAGAACUCUGCUGAGAAACUGGCCAGGUUCAUAGCAGACGGGGGUCCUGAGGUGGAAGCUAUUGCCAUGCAGAACAACCGAGAGAACCAUGCUUUCAGGUUUUUAUAUGAGCCAAACAGCAAAGGCUACAAGUAUUACCGGCAGAAACUGGAGGAGUUCCGUAAGGCCAAAACCAGCACUGUGUGCGCCCCCUUGCCUGUAGAGUCCAGUCUGAAAAGGAAGACCAGUCCUGAGGCAUCGCCAUCACCUUUGUGCUUACCGUCUUUGCCCCUGCCCGUGCCCUCACCUUUGCCUCUGCCCUUGCCCGUUCCCUCACCUUUGCCUCUGCCCUUGCCUGUCCCCUCGCCCUUGCCCGUGCCCUUGCCCGUGCCCUCGCCCUUGCCCUCACCUUCACCAUCAUCCUCUACAACUCCACCUGAUCAGACAGCUACAACUACUGCUGCAACAACAGCCGCGGCUGCUGCUACAGGCACUACUAAAAAGAAGCGGAAGAGCAGGUGGGGGCCGGAGGAGGACAAGGUUGAAUUGCCCCUUCCACAGCUCGUCCAACAGCUGGAUUCUCCCUCCCCUCUUUCAGUUCAGGACCUCAAGGGUCUUGGUUAUGAAAAAGGGAAACCGGUUGGUUUGGUGGGUGUGACGGAGCUCUCCGAAGCCCAGAAGAAACAGCUGAAGGAGCAGCAGGAGAUGCAGCAGAUGUAUGAUAUGAUCAUGAAGCACAAGCGAGCCAUGCAGGAGAUGCAGAUGAUGUGGGAAAAGGCGAUUCAGCAGCACCAACACGGCUAUGACAGCGAUGAAGAGGUGGACAGUGAGCUGGGAACGUGGGAGCACCAGCUUCGCCGCAUGGAGAUGGACAAGACGCGAGAGUGGGCUGAGCAGCUGACGCAGAUGGGCAGAGGGAAGCAUUUCAUCGGAGACUUUCUUCCACCUGACGAGCUGGAGAAAUUCAUGGAGACGUUCAAGGCGCUGAAGGAAGGACGUGAGCCAGAUUAUUCCGAAUACAAAGAGUUCAAACUGACUGUGGAAAACAUAGGUUAUCAAAUGCUAAUGAAGAUGGGCUGGAAGGAAGGCGAGGGACUUGGCUCGGAUGGACAGGGGAUUAAAAACCCAGUCAGCAAGGGAACUACUGCUGUGGAUGGAGCUGGUUUUGGCAUCGACCGUCCCGCCGAGCUGACCAAGGAGGACGAUGAGUACGAGGCAUUCCGUAAGCGGAUGAUGCUCGCCUACCGUUUCCGACCAAAUCCAUUGAACAAUCCACGGCGACCUUACUACUGAGAAUGUUUUGGGGACGAUGUGUUUUUCAAAGCAAUUGUAACUUGACUGUGAAAUGUUAUGAAACUGCAUUAUC